AAUGCCCAAGCACUUGCAUGUAAUCUUUGGAAAGAAAACUUCACCUUAUUUGAGUUAGAUGAAGUAAUGCGACAAAAGGAUGAUUUAGAAUUUGCACAGCUUUUGAACCGUCUUCGUCACAAUGAGAUGACUUCUGAGGACUUGGAUAUAAUUCACAGGCGCAUCAUUGCUGAAAAUAGUCCAAAUUAUCCACACAAUGCUCCCCAUCUUUUCACAAUGAAUGCAAAAGUAGAUGAAUAUAACAAUAAACUUAUAGAGCAACUUCCUGGUGAAAAAGUCAUUGUUAAAGCUGUUGACAGUGUCCUUCAAGACCACAGUAAAACUGUGAAAGACCGACUACUCAGAUCAUUGCAAUAUCAAGAUGAUGUAAGCAAAACUGCAAAUCUCAUGACAAGACUAACUCUAGCCAUUGGAAUGAUAUAUGACAUUACGGUUAAUAUUGAUGUUACUGAUGGCUUGACAAAUGGUUCAUCAUGUACUGUAUUUCUUGUUGAAAACAGAUUACCUGGUGUAUCAAGGCCAAGUAUUGUGUGGGUGAAGUUUUUAGAUUCUGCAGUAGGAAGAAUAGCUCGACAGAAAUACAGACAUCUUUUCCAUGAUGAUGUUAUGGAUGAUUGGACACCAAUAUUUGACUGUCAGCGAUCUUUUGUUUUCAAUUCAACUACAUAUCAAAGAAUACAGUUUCCUUUAAGACCAGCUGCUGAAACAAGAUUAACCAUCAAUGAUGAACAGAAUUUUAUGAUGGAAGGUUACUUGACUUUGUUUAAUCAUGAAAAGAGAAGUCACAGCUAUCGUCCUCAUCAUGGAACAGCAUUAUACGUUAAAGAAGACCAUUUGAUGAAAUGUAUUUCAAAAUUCAGCAACACUUUGCUUGAAUUCAUCAUAGCUUUAAUACAUUUCAGAGACCUUGGAGAAGUGCAGAUAAUUGUUUUAUACAAGUUCCCUGCAUGUUCUUUUAAAGAAUUUGAACUCCCUGCAGAACAAUACUAG